AUGGCUAAACCAUACCCCCAAGUUGUGCUCUUUGGAGAUUCUCUGUUCCAGGGGUCUGUGGUGACCUUCGAAGGCUUCUGCUUCCAGGCUGAGCUUCAAUGCCAUGUGAAUCGCCGUUAUGAUGUUGUGAACCGCGGAUUUUCCGGUUGGAAUUCGGCGAAUGCUCUGAAAUAUCUCCCUGAGAUGUUUCCUUCCCCUUCAUCUUCAGGACCGCAACUGAAAUACCUGUUGAUUCUUCUUGGUGCAAACGAUGCUGUUCAACCCAUGCAUACAACAACCCAGCAUAUACCCCUAGAAGACUACAAGCAGAAUCUCACCAAGAUUGUCACGCACCCCAAUAUCACAGCUCACAAACCCAAGAUUCUCCUCGUCACGCCGCCUCCAAUUGACGAGAUUCGCAUCACCAAGCUGGACCUGGCCUGGGGCCAUCCAAAGCCGACCCGGACUGCCAAGAUCAGUGCGGGAUAUACCCAAGCGGCUCGUGACGUUGCCGCCGAGGUGCCGGGCGUGAUUUUGAUCGACCUGUGGCAGGCUUUGAUGGACCACGCCGUCUCCAAGACGCCCGGCUUCAAGUCCGGAGGGCCCUUGCUCGGCACGCCAGAGCUCGGCGAGCAGGGCGGGCUCGCGGACCUCCUGCCGGACGGCCUCCACUUGAGCGGAGAAGCGUAUAGGGUUUUUUACCAGACGGUGCUGCCUCACAUUGGUCAAGAGUACGUGGGUUUGCCUGAGGACGAUCGUACGGACUACGUUUUCCCAGACUGGCGGGAUCUCAACCCUCCGGCGUAG